UCAGAAUUUAGGCGGUGCCAUGGAGUGGCAAUUCAUGAUACCUCAGGCACGGGCCGAACUUUUGCGGUCCGAUAAAAACCACUAUUGCGUUGGGAGGGUUCUGGACGCCGCCGAAAUUCCGGAUGCGCUAAAAGCUGCUCGGCUUGGUUUGGUCGAUAAUUUCGGAGUAUUCGAUCAUUUCGAUACGUUCUACUCCGUGAUCGAUAACAGUACGAAACUAUCCGGCACGCACCUGAUUCGCGCCUAUGACCUACUGUACGGAGCAAUUGACAAUUUGGGCAAUUCCUUGGCGGAAGUGCUAUCGCAAAAGGACAUUGAUCAGGCGGAUCGGCUGCCCUGCUUGAACGCUGUGAAGAUGCUAGCUUUUCUGAUGAACGGAACAGUGAAGGCGAUCGAUGCGCACAUUAACUCCAACAAUGACAAGAUGCCAAAAAAGGGCAAAAAACAAAUGAACGACAAUGGAGAGGCGCUAGGCUGGGAUGAAAAGCGCUACCCGUGCAUUGUUCAGAUGUACAACUUAUUGCAGCUGCCGCUGGAAAAGCUUUGGGAUCCUCCUGUUUGCGAGGAAUCGUUUGUGGAUGUUAUAUGUGAUAUCUGCUAUCGAACACUGGAGCAGCAUUUUGUGCGUAGUCGCAGCAUAGCGGACAGCGUAUUUCAAAUCCUCGGUACUGCCAUCAAACGUUACAACCACUCGUUGUCGUUCCCAGUCAGGAUUUUGCAAAUACUUGAGCACGUUGAGGCCUCUAUUUCGCCGAUUGCUGCAGGGGUUCUGUUGCUGUACGAAGAGUUCGGGAUUGUUAGUAUUUACCCCGUAAUAAUCAAAGAGAUAAUCGAACGACUCAGCGCAGACGCUGCAGAUGUACAGACUGCACGUUUCUUUGGCCAAUUUUUGGUCGAAUUGGGUAUGUCGGCACCUAAGCUAAUAAUACCGCAUCUAUCGACACUGAGCGAGGAGCUGCUGAAUUUGGAUUCCUACACACUGCGUAACUGCGUUCUACAGAUCAUGGGGGAAGCUAUAGUAAGUGAGUUGACUUCGGAAGAUUUGACUGACGAGUUGAAGGAAACCCGUGACGAGUUUCUUGAAGAUCUUCUAAAUCAUAUGAUGGACGUGUCCGCACACGUGCGCUCAAAAGUCUUGCAAAUCUGGCUCCAAUUGAAGGAACGAGAUGCAGUUCCGUUAUCAUGGAUUCAUAAGGUACUUAAGGUCGCCGUUGAGCGUCUUCAGGACAAAGCUUUGCUAGUUAGAAAGCAAGCUACUGCCCUAAUUAAAGCAUUCCUUGAACACAAUCCAUUUUCCGCCAAGUUGGCUUUAGUAGAAUUGCGGGAACAGUAUGAAGUGGAGGACAAAAAGUUCCAAGAAGUCCGCAAUAGACUGGUGGAUCAGGACACAAAACUGAAAGCACUGGAGGAUGAAUGGGAGCACAUGGUUGCGCAAAUGUAUCCUACAGUUUCCGAACUGUUUGGCAAAGAACCGGAAGAUAUCGAAACCAGCAGCGAUGCGGAUGUGAAGGCACUAGCGGACAAUAUCGUUUCACUGUUGAAAGAUGGCAAUUAUACAGAACUAGUACGACUAGCGCAACGAGCAGAUUUUGCGCUUGGCAAUCGCGAAGAACGGAAGGAAAUGAAUCUGGAGCAUCAGUGCAUGUACUACAUGACGCUACUGAAAAGUUACUUCAUUCAUAGCCACACAGAUCCCAACUUGAAUGAAGAGUUCCAGAAGGUUGAGAGCUCUGUAAACUUUCUACACGAUUCAAUUGGUUUCUCGGAGCUGAUCUCAGACGCGAUACCCAAGCUCCUCGAAAUGCUUAUGUCCAAAGUCCAAUCAGAUGUGCAUGGAGCUAUCGAUUUUUUCACAUCGGCCUACUUGUUCGGGAUAAAAGGCACGGAACAAGGAAUGCAGCAAAUGCUGUUUCUCGUGUGGUCUUCGGAAAAGGAGAAGCGAGAAAGUGUGACAGCAGCCUAUAAGCGUGUGUUAUUCGAAACAAACCUACAAGGAAGAGCUCACACCGUUAAGGUAGUGCGAAAUUUGAGUCAGUUUUUGACCAAUCUUACAUGCGGACACUACAUGGCAAUGGAGGCGCUGGUACAGGAGUGGGUCGAAGCAGGCGACAUUGACGCGCAGAUGGUGCAAGUGCUAUUCGAAAUAUACACGCUAAAGCUGGAGAAUGUGAACGAAAAUGAUGCACGACAAGCACUCCAGCUCUUGAUAAUGAUAUCGGCCGCAAAACCAUCAGUCGUCACGGCAAACAUGCAAAUUUUGGAGAUGAUCGGACUGAGUGAGCGAGGCCGUAAAGAUCCGCGAAUAUUCGUUGCUACGCUGACAUUGUUUAUGAACUCUGUGCCGCUAGCUACAAAUUCGUCGAAAUACUACAAACGCUUCGAACACAAUGCUCCUCUGGUGCAGACCGUGCUCGAUCUGUUCCAACAGCUUUUCUUUUGUGCCAAGGUCGAAAACUAUGAUGAAAUUGGGACCAAAGUGUUCGAUUUUAUCUAUAAACUGGUAAAAGCACCCGAUAUUCUAUCACAGAGUCUAAUGGUGUCCCUUUUCGAAAAACUGCAAAAAGUAACGCAAAGCAAUCGGCUGCAAGAGCCCGAGAUCCAUCGUUCAGAUGGAAGCCAGAUUCCGGGUGCGGCGCAAUUAGAAAAAGGCGACCAGCAAGGAGUAAAUGCUACAAAGCUUAUGUUAACUCUACCGAACUACCUUGCUGCGCGGUUUGUUUUUACGAUCGGAUACGUGGCGAUGAGAGAAAUGAUUUAUCUUGAUAUCGAUGUGUACAACAACAUGAAGUACCGACAGGAACUGAAGGAAGAGUUAAAAAACGAGAAGAAAAAAAUCGCCGCGCUGCAUAGUAGCCGAAUGGUGGCUGCUACCCCGACCAGUGCCGGAACGGCAGGAAACAAACGCAAAACAUUAUCGCUCGAUGUGUCCGCAAGCAACGCACUGAAAAGAUUAUCUGGUUCUACGGGAGCUAAUGGAACAGCAAAUGGCGAACAAAACGAACCGGAAGAAGAAUUGUUAAGUGGCGCGACGGCUGAGGAUACAGUAGCAGAAGAAAUUAAUCACAUUUGUGAGCAUGAGAUGUUAUUGGCUACUGGUAGUCUACUGAACCGGUUGAUACCAACCGUACUGGAGGUGUGUCGGCAUCCAAAACGGUACCGGGACGAGCUGCUACAAAAGUCGGCCGUCCUAACACUGAUUCGACUAAUGAGCGUGUCAUCGAAGUUUUGCGAAGAUUAUAUCCCGUUUCUGAUGAACAUUUUUCAAACCACGAAAAACACGAGCAUCAAGUGUAGUAUCGUAAUCGGUCUCUCGGAUUUUACUUUCCGCUUUCCGAAUGUUACAGAAUCGUGGACGAGCCAUAUGUAUGCCACACUUUAUGAACAAGACGCAGAGCUACGGCUCACUGCGGUGAAGAUGUUGUCGCAUCUUAUCCUGCACGAAAUGAUUCGCGUGAAAGGGCAGAUAUCGGAUUUGGCAUUGUGCAUCGUCGAUACAGUUCAGGAGAUUCGCACCAUCACGGAGCAAUUUUUCAAAGAGAUCGCCAACAAAUCCAACAUCCUGUAUAACGUGCUGCCAGACAUAAUCUCUCGAUUAAGCGAUCCCAAAUUGCAGCUAGAGGAAGAGAAAUACCACACCAUUAUGCGCUACAUCAUCGGGUUGAUCAACAAGGAUAAGCAAAUCGAAAGUUUAGUGGAGAAGCUAUGCUUGCGGUUCCGCGUCACAAACGAUGUUCGCCAAUGGCGUGAUAUCGCAUUCUGCUUGUCAAUGCUUUCGUACAACGAGAAAACCAUCAAGAAACUUUCGGAGAACGUGGGAUGUUUCAAGGAUAAGGUGCAACAUGAUGAAAUCUAUCAAUCCUUCAAAACGAUCAUCAGCAACACCAACAAAUUGGCAAAGGCGGAGCUAAAGAGUGCCGUAGCUGAGUUUGAAACACGUUUGAACGAGUGCCUCGAAGUGAACGAUGAAAUAGAAGACGGCGCAGCAUCGGGAGACCAGGACAGCGACAUCGCCACAGCUUCCUCAUCUUCUUUCACGGUGGCUUCGUCCGGAAGAGGACGCAGCAGUGCCGCCAAAGGUUCGCGUCAAGGAAGUGCUGUGCCGAAAUCGGCUAAAAAGGGAAAACCGCCUGCUCGCGGACGCCGCGGAACACGCACCAAACAGGUGUCAUCGGAAGAGGACAGUGACAGCGAGGAAGAGAACCUGCCGCCUGCCGCAAGUUCACGGGCAGCCGCUCGGGCACGACAAAACUUGAAGAUUACUAAGAUAAUCGAGAGCGACAAUUCAGACAUCGAACCUCCUGACGCUAGGCACAAAAAGCAAAAAAUGCUAGCGGUCAAUUAGGCCCCCAGGGACUGUAAAGAGAGAGACUGACCUAGAGAGCCUAGGAAUUAGGCAAGUUCGCUGCCCAAUGCCUAUAGUAUUGCACGUGCCAUUCCUGCGAGAGAUCGUACUGGAGCAUCGCGUUCAAAGAUUACGCAGGGCUUCUACCCUCAUCCGCGCAGAUCCGCAGAUCGCAGAUGAAUCUCUCUGUACAAGUUUUUUUUUUCGUCGGUAGAAAUAUAAGAUACUUCAUCCUUUUCAUGCUUCCUUGCAGUAGGUAAAGAAAAGGCGAAAGAGGGGAAUCAUGGUGACCAUCGUGAUCAUCGCGAUAGAAAGAUCGCGAACUGACACUGUAAUAAGCACUAAACAUAAGAUUUGCUGAUAAUUCUAGAUGAAAAGCUUCUGAAACAUGGGAAAGAAAUAAUUGUCGCGAAUUCAGUCGUACCGUAUAUUAAUGGUGGCUUAUCGUAAUACAUUACGAACCAAUUUACAAUGGUCCGAGUCUUUUACUGUAAACUGUACGCAAUUGCGCAAUAGAGUAGUGUGAUAGUACCCGUUUGUUACUAUUUUAUUUUUUCUCUUCUUUUUCGGUCUUGUCUUUUUUUUCCUUUUAGAUGAUUCGGAAGAAGUACCACCAAAACGGGGCAAAAGUGGUAAACGGUAGCUAUUCGGGUAAACGCGAUCGAUCAGUUCCUCCGCUUCCGUUCCUGUGUCGUGUUCCUUUUUCGAUACGGAAUAGUCGCUACCUAUUGCAACGCAACACGUUUUUCCCCUAAGAAAACCAAGGCGGAUGAACUGGGCUUUCGGGACGACCAAAUCCUCGGUUAGUGUUACGAUUGAACUACAGUGAUGAUCUGCAGUGUCUGCUGCAUUUUUGUAUCAAAGUCCUGUGGCAGAACUCGGCUAUAACUGUACAUAACAUCACCAGUGUGUGGAUCCGUGUUUCUGUUUUAGUUUGCUAGUAAUUUAUUGUAUGACGAAAUGUAUCUUCAGCAUCGACUGUUAGUAGUCGCAGUCGAUGA